AUGUCUUGACCAGAAGAAACCCCUCUCUCUCUCUCUCUCUCUGCCUACACACACAACAAAGAGUCGACUUCAUCGCUGGAGCUAGUCUCGUUCGAGCUCGGGAGAAAUGGAGGGAGUUGGGUCGAGGGAUUCGAGAUCGUUCCAUUCGCUGUUCUCGCUGUCCGAGAUCGUGGAGAUGGAGAAUAUAAUUAAUGAGAUGGGAGAGAAAGCUUUGCAUCAAGAGUUUUGUGAUGAACUUGCAACUAGAUUAAGUUCCUCAGCAAUUCGAGCUGGAAGAGCUGCAUUGACAUGGCAACAGGUGCAAAGUUGGUUCCAGGAUAAACACAAAGAGCUGCAAGCUGAAACCGUGUCUUCACCUGUUGCACUGAAGCUGUUUGUUGAUCUUUCAGAUGCCAACAUUUCUAGAAAUGCCAGUGAAAGUUCCCAGAAGCCUGAAGGUAAUGAUGCGACAGAUCUUUCAGAAUUGGCAUUUGAAGCUAAAUCAUUUAAAGAUGACGCCUGGUACGAUGUCGCUUCGUUUCUCACCUUCAGGGUCCUUUGUACGGGUGAACUUGAAGCUCGUGUACGAUUUGCUGGGUUUGGAAAAGAGGAAGAUGAAUGGGUCAAUGUGAGGAAGGGCAUCAGGGAGCGAUCUAUCCCUUUAGAACCUUCGGAGUGCCACCGAAUCAAUACUGGAGAUCUUGUUCUGUGCUUUCAGGAGCGAUUAAAUCAAGCAGUCUAUUGUGAUGCCCAUAUUAUGGAAAUUCAGAGAAAACCACACGAUGCCAGCAGUUGCACCUGCGACUUCAUUGUCCGUUACGACCAUGAUUUCAGUCAGGAAGAGGUCGAGCUGAGCAGAUUGUGUUGCCGGCCGAGGCAAGAAGAGUCCCCACAGCUUUCCGAGGAAAAUCAGUAUGAAACUGCCUUGAGCAUCUCAGCCCGUAGCUUGUGGGAGUAGCCACGCCUUGCUUCGGAAUGUCUGAGAAUAACUGAAUCAGGGGGCGUGGGGAUUUCUAAUUUUCUUUGCUUGUUCUGAAUUUGAUAGAAGAACAGAACCUGCGAAAUCAAAGAGGAUGAACAGUAUGUCCAGUACAUCGCAAGAUGCGAUAAGAGGUAGGCAUGUGAAGUUGGUUUUUAAUGGAAUUCUUCCAGAAGAGGAUAGACGUAGCAUGUCGAACUCGCAGCCGGGCGAACCAUUGCAUUAACAACCCGCUGAUUAAUGAA